AUGGAGAAUAAUUUCUGUUUGAAAGCUUUUCUCCUUCUCGGUGUAGAUCCUAACCGCCCUAUAAGAAAAUGGUUUGUUACUUUCAACAACUUGUUAGCAGCAUGGAUUAUGUCUCUAUCUAUAUUCAAGUGUUAUCUCGAUAGAAAUCUAGAAAAUAUAGAACCAAUAAGUUUAAUUAUUAUGAUAUUUGUUAAAUAUUUUUCGCUUGCUUUUGGUGCCAAAACGGCCAAACAAAUUCUGGAAUCCAAGGAACAAUUUUGGGAAGUCGAUAUUGUUGAUGACGAAAUAACGUAUUUAAUUCAAUAUAUGAAAGCAAUAGAAAAAUGGUAUGAAAGUUCCGUAAUUGUCGGCGCAUGUAUAUAUACAGUACUCCCCUUACUUUCGAUACACUCUUCUGUGUUUAACUGCAUUAUACCUCAUUAUAUACCGUUUCCAUUAUUUUAUAUCGUCGAAAUUUACAUAAUUAUAGUUAGCUCGUUUGUCUUUGUUUAUUUCAAUAUAUUUGUAUGUUCUCUCAUAGUUUCGGCUACUAUUCAAUUUAGACUAGUAAAUUUGAAAAUUAGGGAUCACAAUCUUAAAGAUAUUGAAAAUAACCGGGAUGUUGAAGUGUAUGUUCGGAACAUGAAGAAGAUAAUCAAACAUCAACAGUUACUUAUGAGGUACGUCGACGAUUUAAAUACAGUAUUCAGUGCGCCA